ACCAUGCCUCUAAUCAUUUGGACGUGGCUGGGUGAACGCGGCAUUACAUCGAUGUCAACUUUACGACAUAUCGCAGUGUCCUUGACAACUGCGACUGGAUGCGGAUGCCUGUGAUGUAGAGGAUUACUCUUCUCGACAUUGAAAUGAUAAUCUCGAGGUUACACGUUGGUGGAAAUCCGAAAUGAAGUUUAAAUUCUUAUCUAGCUGUCUUCACUGCUAUUAAGAUUGUUUACCACGUGCUUUUGACAGACUGCUAAGGUCUGCUUCACAUCUGUCCGAAAAGUCGAAUUUUCUAACGAUCAGCUGUAAUAAACAUUGCAUUUUGUAUGGUGAAACACAAUAUCAAAAAAUGGAAAGUGACAGUCCCGUCAUAUAUGGACUCGAAUUCCAAACUAGAGCACUGUCGGCUCAAACGGCCGAGACAGAUAUCGUAAGAUUCCUGGUAGGGACGCAGUCUUUAAAAUUCAGCAACAAUCAGGUUCACUUAGUGGAGCUUAACGAGGAAACGGGAAAUUUGAAGACGCAAGUGUUCCAGCACCCAGUCGGAGAAAUUUGGUCCUUGCAGGCUUCUCCAACUGAACCUGAUGUAUUCAUUACAUGUUACAAUAGUUUGAGUGAGGAAGGCAUUUGCCAGAUGAAAGGAGCUAUCUGGAGAUUCCCUGAGAUAAAGGAGUACACUAACGACAUUCUGCAACUCGAUAAGUUAGCCGAUAUUGACACAACUCCAUAUGGCACUGAUCUUAAAACUAUUGCUUAUCACCCUAUGGACAGCAAGAAGGCUGUGUCAGUAGUAGAUAAUAACUUUGUUUUAUGGGAUCUGACUGAAGGACCACAGGUUAUGGUAUCGGGUACUUUAGCAGGCAAGGGUCAGCCACGAUUUACGAACGGGAAAUGGAAUCCUCACAAUGGUGCUAAUCAGUUUGUAACCUUGAACGAUAACAAUGUUCGUGGAUGGGACUUUAGAAGUCCAGCCAAUGCCGCUUGGUCCAUUUUAUCUGCACAUUCACAAAUCAUCAGGGAUUUAGACUUCAAUGCAAAUCGUCAAUACUUUCUGUCUACCUGCGGUGACGACGGAUACAUGAAAUUCUGGGAUAUCCGACUACCGACGGAACCGGUGCUGUCGCGUAUGGAGCACUCACACUGGGUGUGGAACAUAAGAAUCAACCGUUUCCACGAUCAGCUAGUUUUAACGUCCAGCAGUGACUCCAGAGUGAUAUUGUGCAGUAUCGCGUCCAUAUCGUCCGAACCAUUCGGACAUAUGGUGUCGGACGAGCCUUCGCAGGGCGAAGAAUCUUGCGGGAAAAAGAAAUUAGAAGACGGUCUGGUAGGAAGAUACGAGGAGCACGAAGACAGUGUGUACGCGGUGGAGUGGUCGUCUGCCGAUCCCUGGACAUUCGCGUCUCUCAGUUACGACGGUAGAUUAGUUCUCAAUAAAGUACCACGUAAAUAUAAAUAUCAAAUACUCUUGUGAAUCUGCAAUUUUUGACGAGAGAAUGAAAGAGAAGUAAUAUUACCUUAUUAUUUAUUGUAAAUUUAAUUUUGUAUCAUGAUGCAAAAUAUCAUGUAAAACAAAUAUAAUUCUAAUCAAUACU